UAAACAGGAAGAAGAAGAAGCUGAAUAAGGGAAGUGUCGCACUGUGCUCCGGCUCAAUCCAGUGUCGCUGCGUAGAUGUCAACCAGGGUUUUUAUCAGUUAAAUAGACUUCAUUGUAUUUUAACUAUAUACACAACGUCACAGAAUGGCCACUGAUUCAGGCUACGGUGGCUCUCAAAGCUACGGAUCAUAUGGCGGUCAGCAGGGCGGACAGGGUUAUGGACAAGGAAAUGGCAGUGGCUCUUAUGGGGGACAGAGUUAUGGUGGCUAUGGCCAGCAAGGUGGUGGCGGCGGUGGUCCACAAGACAGUUACAGCCAAUCUCAGCCACAGAGCUUUGACAAUUACGGACAGGACUCUGGGUAUGGCGACAAGCCGUCUUACGGGCAAGGCUCCUAUGGUAGUCAGAGUCAAGGAGGAGAUAGCUAUGGACAGCAAAGUUCCUAUGGUGGCCAGGGAGGAGGAGGUGGUGGCGGCAGCUAUGGAAGAUGGAGCGAAGGUGAAGGAGGUGGUCAGGGUGGGAGGUAUGGACGUGACCAGGGAGACCGUUCCGAGGGAGGAGGUGGCUACAGAGGCCGAGGCCGUGGUGGCUAUGACCGUGGCGGUUAUGACCGCAGUGGUGGCUAUGACCGCAGUGGUGGCUUCGACCGUGGUGGAAGAGGUGGACCUCAUGGUAUGGGAGGUGGUGACCGUGGUGGCUACAAAAAUUACGGUGGCUCUCGAGACUACGACUCAAGGGAUGAACCAGCUGGUGAGCAGGAUAACUCCGACAACAACACCAUUUUUGUCCAGGGACUGGGAGAAGACGCCACAGUUCAGGAAGUCGGAGACUUCUUCAAACAAAUAGGGAUCAUCAAGGUGAACAAGAAGACCGGCCAGCCAAUGAUCAACAUCUACUCCGACAAGGCCACUGGUCGGCCAAAGGGAGAAUGUACAGUGUCAUUUGAUGACCCGCCCUCUGCCAAAGCUGCUAUUGACUGGUUUGAUGGCAAGGAGUUCAAUGGAAAACCCAUCAAAGUAACAUUUGCCACCCGCAGGGCUGAGUUCACACAGAGAGGAGGUGGAAGAGGCGGACGAGGAGGUUUCAGAGGUCGUGGUGGCGGAGGAGGACCCAACUUCGACAUUAAAGGAGGAGACUGGCCCUGUCCCAACAGUGCUUGUGGCAACAUGAAUUUUGCCCGGCGGCAAGAAUGUAACAAGUGUGGCGCUCCCAAACCAGGAGAUGCAGGAUUUGGAGAUCGUGGAGGCAGAGGUGGUUAUGGCGGAGACAGGGGCGGCGGCUUCAGAGGUCGUGGAGGAGGGUUCCGUGGAGGAGACCGUGGAGGCUACGGAGGAGGUGGUGGCGGAGGAUAUGGAGGCGGCUACAAAAUGGGAAGAGGUGACCGUAGAGACGACAGAAGAGACCGGCCAUACUAAGUGUUAAGCAGAUGGAAACCACGCAGCCCUUGAGUCGCCAUGGAGAGGGGGUGUAGCUUGGGAACACUGGGGGGAAGGACUGGGAUCAGACGUUCCGAUCUGUGCACCUUUUGCAGCCAGUACAUCCCAACUAUUCCCACUCGUGUGAGCGAGGGGCGGAUGCCUUCAGCGACUGUAAAGGGACUUUGGGGCUGAUUGGCACUGUUGGCAUGGGGUCAGAUGUUUGUUUUUUUGUUUUGUUUUUCUCUGCCUUUUUGUUUUAUUUCUUUGUACAUCUUUUUAAUUUCCUCUCAAAUUCUAGUUGCAGAUGUUUUUGUGAGGUAGACUUCGUACCAUUGUUUUGUAUGAUCGGAUUAAAUGUUUUACUUGGGUUCUUUUUUUUUUUUCCAAAAUAUUAAAAACUGUGAUCUUU